AUGGAAAGGAGAUGGAAGCGUGACGCCAACGCUGACGUCAGCCAACUCGGGCUUCAGCCCGGGCAAGACUUGCCCUUGGGCUUCCUCGGGCUCGUGGGACCCGCCACCAAACUGGGCUACGGGCCCUGCGCUGGAGCGAACUCGGGCUGCGUCGGGCAGCCUUUCCCCCUUGCUUCGGGCUGCGUUGGAGACGCUCUAAGUCUAAGGCAAGGGCAAGCAAGGGCUGCCACUAUUCACGGAAAUGCCCUCGGGCUGAAGCCCAGGCAAAAUCUGCCCUUGGGCUUGCCCGGGCUGGUGGGACCCAGGGCUUGCCCGGGCUGCAAGUUGUGCGCUGGAGCUGCAUUGGGCUUGCCAGGGGGGCCUUUUGCCCAGUUUGAUAGCAGCGCUGGAGCUGCUCUUAGGAUUAGGGGAAAUAGAAUCAAGUUUAAGAGGGCUUCUCUUGAAUCACUUGAAGGUGACCUAACCCAAACCAAAAUCAACUCAAGAGCACCACGUGCCGCUUCCUCAUUGAUCUCCAAAAGUUCAGUCUUCCAGAUUUACCCUCACCACCAAAUUAGCCUCAAUGCCUCACUUGGUUUCCACCCCUGCAAUCCUGAAAGCUUUCUCCAAACAGUGCCAACAAAGACUCAGCUGAGGCUCUGA